CCUACCGAGAGAUAACGCCGACAUGGUUACGUGGGCGUGGUUUCCGGUCGUCGGUCUGUUGCUGGCAGCAGCGACUGGCCAGGAACCUAAAACACGAGAUGAGGUUCGACCGCAGGUGUCGGCGACCAAACAAGAACUGGUUGGCUCCAUCAAGCUUCUGGGACAAUUGCAGCCGCCUCGACCGUUCGUGCCCAAGAAUCUACCGGGCAUUAUCGCGCCAGUCGAAAGAAAUCAGAAGAAACGACAGUUGGCCGAUCUCGGGCUAACCUUCCCAGAGCCAUUGUUACUGCUAAAUGGUCAAACUCCACUUCCGCUUCUCGAGACGACUUUUGGCGCGAGUCUCGCCAGUAUCGUUCCACGAAUCACUCCGCAACCGAAGCAGAUUAUCACGCGAAUAACCGAGACAUCGUCACCACUUAGUCAUGUCACAAUCGUAACCCCACCGAUCCCUGAAUCACAACGUAGAAUUUACGAUUUCGACAGGUCAUUCCAUCAUAAAUCCCAUUCCUUCCACCAUAAACACGGACAUUAUCACGGACAUCAUCAUGAUCAUCAUCACGGUCAUCAUUCGCAUCAUGACCACCAUGCUAAGCACGGCCAUCAUCACGAGCACAAGCAUCAUCACGGUCAUGAGCAUAAGCACGAGCAUGAUCAUCAUGAAGAACAUAAACAUUACGAAGAUCAUAAACAUCAUCAAGAUCACGAUCAUCACCAUGAGCAUCAUCAUGGUCAUGAACAUAAGCAUGGACAUCACCACAAACACGGUCAUAGGCAUGGGCAUGAGCAUAAACAUCAUGGAGAGCAUAAGCAUCAUCACGGACAUCAUCACCAUUCAAAGCAUGAACAUCACGAAGAACAUAAACACCACUCUGAACAUCAUCAUCAUCAUAAACAUCAUCAUCAUAACGAGCACCAUCAUCACCACGACCAUCACCAUGUUAAUGAGCAUCAUCAUCAUCACAGUCAUAAGGAAACUGAGAAACAUCAUCAUCAUCAUGGACACGAUCACAAAGAGCAUCAUAAGCACGAGCACAAGGAGGAACAUAAGCAUCACCACGGACAUGAGCACAAGCACGACCAUCACGAAGAACAUCAUCACGGCCAUCAUGAGGAUCAUCAUCACAAACACGGACAUGACCAUAAACAUGGACAUCACGAGGAUCACAAGCAUCAUCAUCAUGAAGACCAUCAUCACAAACAUGAACAUAAACACGGUCACAAAGAGGACCAUCAUCAUGGUCAUCAUGAAGAUCAUCAUCAUCAUCAUCAUCAAGAUCAUAAGCAUCAUCAUCAUGAAUCUCACAAGCAUGGUCAUCAUCAUAAAGAAGAUCAUAAACACGGCCACGACCAUAAACAUCAUCACGAUCAUCACGAGCAUCAUCAUCACCAUGAGGAUCAUAAGCAUCACGCGGGACAUGACCAUAAACAUCAUCACAAGCAUCACGAAGGUCAUAAACAUCACGAGGAUCACCACCAUAAGCAUGGACAUGAUCAUCAUCAUAAGCAUCAUGAAGACCAUCACCACCAUGUGUUCGAAAAUCACGAUCACGGGGAUUAUAAAAGUUUCGGCCAUCAUUUCGAAUCCCCGCUUGUUCAUGAAGAAUUCAUACUCUCAGAAGAAAGCGCAGCGGUUUCGGUGACACCGCCUUUAAAAGACGUUCUAAAGAUCACGAAAUCACCGAAAGUGAGAGAAUCCAUAGAGCACACGGAGGUUGAGCAAGUUUAA